UAAUUGAUAGAUACUGUAAAGCAAGGUUACCUCCCUUGGAUUAAAGAACGAAACAUUUUUCAUUUUUUCUGAUAUAAAAAUUUAAGAAAAAAUCAGCGUUACAAUGGCAACAAAUAUGGUAGAAAGAACAGGAGUCGUUCAAGAUGAAAGUACAGGUGAGAUGUUUAUACCAGCAACCAGAAGACCAGAUGGCACUUGGAGGAAGCCAAGAAGAGUUAAAGAUGGCUAUGUUCCGCAGGAAGAAAUGCCUGUGUAUGAGAACAAAGGUGUUCAGUGGCUGAAGAGCAAACCUUCUUUACCACCUGGAUUAGACUCUAGUGAAGGAAGUGUAAAAACACAAGUCAACAGCAGUGAGCCAAUGUCGAAAGCUGCCAAGAAAAAUGCCAAGAGAAAAGAGAAAAAGAAACAACAGCAAGAUGGUAACCAAUCAGGAACUUCCAUUCAAAAUGUCACUCAGUCAUUGGCUGGAAUUAAUAUAAACAAGGACCAAUCAGGUGCAAAGUCUAAAAAUACUGACCAAUCAGAUUCUCAAGUUACUAAACAGUCUGGGGAGAGUAGUGAUAAGCAAGAAAUAGCUAAGAAAUUGAAAAACCUUAGAAAGAAAUUAAAACAGAUUGAGGAUUUGGAAAAGAAAAUUCAAAGUGGUGAACUAAAAAACCCAGAGAAGGAACAGUUGGAGAAAAUUGGCAAAAAGAAGAUGAUUCUUGAAGAAAUAGAAGAUCUUGAACUAGAUCUGGAUGAUUGACAGACAGAAAAGAACCACCAGUACUUGAACAUCAGUGGAAAACUUGUUGACAGUUUGCAUGCACUAUGUUGUGAAAACAGAAACUUAAUAUUAAAAGUAACUUCUCUGGUUACACAUGGUAUUACAUACAUGUAAUGUUUUUCACCUCUAAAAAAUGUUGGAAAGGGGAAAAACUGUUCCAAAACACUAUCAUAGAAAAUAUUAUAUUUAGUUUUUAGAAAUUUCUAGCAAAAAGGAAAUUGUAAAAAAGUUGAAAUAUUGAAACAUUACAUUCAUUUUAAUUUUAUUUUAAAAUAUCAGCAGAAAACUAGCAACUCUAAUAUGCUCUAUUAGCUUAAAAGACGUGUUUUUAGCUCACAUGUCACAAAGUGACAGGGUGAGCUUUUGUGAUCGCUUUUCGUCCGUCCGUCCGUCGUCCGUAAACUUUUACUUUAAAUGACAUCUCCUCAUAAACCACUAAGCCAAUUUCAUCCAAACUUCACAGGAAUGUUCCUUUGGUGGUCACCUUUGAAAAUUGUUCAAAGAAUUUAAUUCCAUGCAGAACUCUGGUUGCCAUGGCAACCAAAAGAAAAAACUUUAAAUAUCUUCUUCUAAAAAAACCCAAAGAGCUAGAGCUUAGAUAUUUUGCAUGAAACAUCUUCUAGUGAGUGUCUACCAAGUUUGUUCAAAUAAAAGCCCUGGGGUCAAAAUUGGCCCCGCCCCAGGGGGUCAUUGAUUUUCCCUAUAUGCAUAUAGUAAAAACUUAAAAAGUCUUCUUUGAAAAAACCCAAAUAGCUAGAGUUUAGAUUCUAAGCAUGAAACAUCUUCUAGUGAGUGUCUACAAAGUUUGUUCAAAUAAAAGCCCUGGGGUCAAAAUUGGCCCCGCCCCAGGGGACAUUGAUUUUCCUUAUAUGUGUAUAGCAAAAACUUAAAAAUCUUCUUUGAAAAAACCCAAAUAGCUAGAGUUUAGAUAUUAAGCAUGAAACAUCUUCUAGUAAGUCAAAAUUGGCGCCACCCUGGGGGUCAUUGAUUUUCCUUAUAUGUGUAUAGCAAAAACUUAAAAAUCUUUUUCAAAAAAUCCGAAUAACUAGAGUUCAGAUAUUAAGCAUGAAACAUUUUCUAGUGAGUGUCUACAAAGAUUGUUCAAAUAAAAGCCCUUGGGGUUCAAACUGGCCCUACCCCAGGUGUGUCAUUGUUUUUAACUAUAUGUGUAAAGAAAAACCUUGACCAGCUAGACCUUAGAUGUUUAGCAUGAAACAUCUUCUAAUGGGUGUCUACCAAGUUUGUUCAAAUAAAAGUCCUGGGGUUUAAACUGGCCCCGCUACGGGGGCCUAUAUACAGGUGAGCGACUUCAGGGCCAUCAUGGCCCUCUUGUUUUGUUUAUUAUGCCAAAGUAACAUUUUAAGGUAAUUUUUCACUGCUAUGUAAUACCAGAGACAUAGAUAACAGAGAUAGGCAACUUCCUAGCCAGUUAAGAUAUCACUGUGCUUGCUAAACUUAAAACUUGAAGCAAGUAAAACUUAUUAACUGGAUAUCAAAAUCAGUAAAAUAAUACAUUUUCUAUGUCUAUGGCUGCAGGUAAAAUCAUUUACAGUUCCCAAUUAAAUAAAUGAUACAUCAAUUUUUAGAGAAAACUACUUUUUAGCUCAUCUGUCACUUUGUGACAGGGUGAGCUUUUGUGAUCACUUUUCGUCCAUCCGUUGACCGUCCGUCGUCCGUAAACUUUUACUUUAAAUGACAUCGCCUCAUAAACCACUGAGCCAAUUUCAUCCAAACUUCACAGGAAUGUUCCUUUGGUGGUCACCUUUGAAAAUUGUUCACAGAAUUUAAUUCCAUGCAGAACUCUGGUUGCCAUGACAACCAAAAGAAAAAACUUUAAAUGUCUUAUUCUAAAAAACCCAAAGAGCUAGAGCUUAGAUAUUUGGCAUGAAACAUCUUCUAGUGAGUGUCUAUCAAGUUUGUUCAAAUAAAAGCCCUGGGGUCAAAAUUGGCCCCGCCCCAGGGGGUCAUUGAUUUUCCCUAUUUGUAUAUAGUAAAAACUUAAAAAAUCUUCUUUUAAAGAACCCAAAGAGCUAGAGCUAAGAUAUUUAGCAUGAAACAUCUUCUAAUGGGUGUCUACCAAGUUUGUUCAAAUAAAAGCCCUGGGGUCAAAAUUGGCCCCGCCCCUGGGGGGUCAUUGAUUUUUCCUAUAUGCAUAUAGUAAAAACUUAAAAGUUUUCUUUUAAAGAACCCAAAGAGCUAGAGCUAAGAUAUUUAGCAUGAAACAUGUUCUAAUGGAUGUCUACCAAGUUUGUUCAAAUUAAAGCCCUGGGGUCAAAAUUGGCCCCGCCCCUGGGGGUCAUUAAUUUUUCCUAUAUGCAUAUAGUAAAAACUUAAAAAUCUUCUUUUAAAGAACCCAAAAUGCUAGAGCUAAGAUAUUUAGCAUGAAACAUGUUCUAAUGGAUGUCUACCAAGUUUGUUCAAAUAAGAGCCCUGGGGUCAAAAUUGGCCCGGCCCCAGGGGGUCAUUGAUUUUCCCUAUAUGAAUAUAGUAAAAUCUUAAAAAUCUUCUUUUAAAGAACCCAAAGAGCUAGAGCUAAGAUAUUUAGCAUGAAACAUGUUCUAAUGGAUGUCUACCAAGUUUGUUCAAAUAAGAGCCCUGGGGUCAAAAUUGGCCCCGCCCCAGGGGGUCAUUGAUUUUCCCUAUAUGAAUAUAGUAAAAACUUAAAAAUCUUCUUUUAAAGAACCCAAAGAGCUAGAGCUAAGAUAUUUAGCAUGAAACAUGUUCUAAUGGAUGUCUACCAAGUUUGUUCAAAUAAGAGCCCUGGGGUCAAAAUUGGCCCCGCCCCAGGGGGUCAUUGAUUUUCCCUAUAUGAAUAUAGUAAAAACUUAAAAAUCUUCUUUUAAAGAACCCAAAGAGCUAGAGCUAAGAUAUUUAGCAUGAAACAUGUUCUAAUGGAUGUCUACCAAGUUUGUUCAAAUAAGAGCCCUGGGGUCAAAAUUGGCCCCGCCCCAGGGGGUCAUUGAUUUUCCCUAUAUGAAUAUAGUAAAAACUUAAAAAUCUUCUUUUAAAGAACCCAAAGAGCUAGAGCUAAGAUAUUUAGCAUGAAACAUGUUCUAAUGGAUGUCUACCAAGUUUGUUCAAAUAAGAGCCCUGGGGUCAAAAUUGGCCCGGCCCCGGGGGACAUUGAUUUUCCUUAUAUGUGUAUAGCAAAAACUUAAAAAUCUUCAUGGUAAAAAACGAAAAGCUAGAGUUUAGACAUUUAGCAUGAAACAUAUUCUAGCGAGUGUCUACAAAUAUUGUUCAAAUAAAAGCCCUGGGGUCAAAACUGGCCCUGCCCCAGGGGUGUCAUUGUUUUUAAAUAUAUGUGUAAAGAAAAAACUUAGAAAAUCUUCUGUUAAAAAACCCAACUAGCUAGACCUUAGCUGUUUAGCAUGAAACAUCUUCUUAUAAGUGUCUACCAAGUUUGUUCAAAUAAAAGCCCUGGGGUUUAAACUGGCCCCGCUCCGGGGGGACAAUAUACAGGUGAGCGACUUCAGGGCCAUCAUGGCCCUCUUGUUCAUUUUUGUUACAAAACUAUUCAUAUGAUGAAAAAACUGGCUCAGUGUGUACGUUCAACUAAGUUUUUUCUUAGUGAAAGGCAUGGAAAGGUACCAAUAUUUUAACAUGCAGCAAUAGAUAAAAGAUUUAACUUUCAAAUGGACAUUGGUGUAUACUAUAAAAGGAUCAAAUGUACAUACAUUAAGUUUAACUUGCUACAAAAUGCCUAAUUUUUCUCUUUUUGAUUUUCAUGAGUGAUAUUUCAAUGGAGUAUAUAGGAGCUGCUUAUCUCUAUUACCUACAUCACUGGUAAUAUUACUUUGAAAGCUGUUCAUCAUUGAAUUUUAUCAUAUCAAAAUGUAUUUUAUGCCCAGCUAAAACUGUAAAGCAGAGUGGUCAGGGGAGAGAACUAAAACAUUAUGCUUUCUUAACUGUAGAGCAGAGUGGCUAGGGGAGAGAACUAAAACAGUAUGUUUUCUUAAGUAUGUAUAGAUUACUCACCCUUGGGGAAUAUUGCAAAAAAAUAUUGACCAUUUCUGGACACUAGAUUGAAAUAACACCAUAUGACGUCACUGACAUUAUGCUAUAAAGUAAAUAGGUUAUGCAAGGUAAAAUACAUAUUUAUAUAUGUCUUUCAACUUUAAGAGUACUCUUAAUGGUGACAGUAUAAAGUUCCAUUGAUAUAUGUAUAAUUUGAUUGUGUAUUGUAUGACCAGUUUUCAAAAAUGAAUUUAUACAUUAUGAAAUUGUAUAUUUCUGAAAUAAAAAUUUGAAACAAG